AUGGAGGAUGAAAGAUUAGAUAAACGCAUAGUAAGGCGUAAAUGUGGUUUGAGAAACCUAAAUAGGUUUGAUAUAUUUGUAACGAGGAAAAAACCUUUAAUUGUAUACUAUAGACGUGCUUUAGAUCUUUUACUUUUAUCUGAAAAUGCAAAUACAAUUUAUAAAAAUCGUAUAGGCUAUAGAAGAAAUAAGAAUAAAUUAGAUAUAUCAAAUGAAAUACCAAAAGUAGUGAUACAUGGUAUGGGAGCCUGUAUUAAUACUGCUAUAUGGCUUGUACAAGACCUUAAGACGAAUUUUGGAGACAACAUUAAAGAAACAAUAGAAACUAAGACUAUAGAGGUUAUAGAUGACUACAUAACUGAAGAUUUUGAGUGGGAUAUGACAAGUAAAAAGAGAGGAGUUAGUGCAAUAUCUAUAACUAUUGAAAGAUGUUUAAAUUAA